CCUCUAUUGGCAUCUUGUGUUCCUAUUUCUCUCUCUAAUAUAAUUGGUUGCUUUAUUCACAAACCAACCAAAUUAAAAGGGUUGUUUUGAAAUGAAAAUUAAGUUCCCUAUUGGGUUUAUUCUUCUUCUUGUAGCCACCUUUGUGGUGGCUGCCACCGCUGGUGACUUUUACAAAGACUUUGAGUUAACAUGGGGUGGUGACCGUGCCAAAAUCCUUGAAAAUGGACAGCUUCUUACUCUGUCCUUAGAUAAGGCUUCUGGCUCUGGGUUUCGUUCCAAAAACGAAUACUUGUUUGGAAAAAUUGACAUGCAGCUCAAGCUCGUGCCUGGUAACUCUGCUGGCACUGUCACAGCCUAUUAUUUAUCUUCCCUGGGUUCUACUCAUGAUGAAAUAGACUUUGAAUUUCUGGGUAACUUGAGUGGUGAUCCAUACAUUCUUCAUACGAACGUAUUCACACAAGGAAAGGGGAACAGAGAGCAACAGUUCUAUUUGUGGUUCGACCCCACUAGGAACUUCCACACAUAUUCCGUACAAUGGAAUCCUCAAAGCAUCAUAUUCUCUGUGGAUGGUACACCAAUAAGAGAGUUCAAGAAUUUGGAGUCAAAAGGGGUUCCAUUUCCAAAGAACCAAGCCAUGAGGAUAUACUCUAGUCUUUGGAAUGCUGAUGAGUGGGCCACAAGGGGUGGGCUUGUGAAAACAGAUUGGAGCAAAGCCCCAUUCACGGCCUCAUAUAGAAACUUCAAUGCUCAAGCAUGUGUUUGGACUUCUUCAGGCUCUUCAUGUCCUUCCAACAAUGCUCCUUCAGGCCAAUCACUGGACGCCACGGGGCAAGCCAAGAUUCGUUGGGUGCAAAAGAACUACAUGAUUUACAACUAUUGCACUGAUACCAAACGCUUCCCACAAGGCCUUCCUCCUGAAUGUUCCUCUCCAUGAAUGCAAAAACAUUACGUCUACUUGUCAAACCACACAGCAGCCAUAUGUCAUACGUUAAUUCCUGUUCUUUUGUUGUAUAAAUUGAUAAUUAUAACUAUCAUUGUCGAUUUAUGCUUCGUGUGCAUUAUUCCAUUGUUUGAUAUUCGUGUCAGUAUCUAUGCUUGUGCUGAAAUUGUAAAGAAUUUUCAUUAAUACAAGUUUAUGUACUUUUGUAAU